GCACAGUCCAUGCCUGACGCCCAAGUGUCGCCGAUAGCACAACUCACAAUCACCAGCAUGCUGCUGGCCCCUGCCGCCAGACCACCCAUCCCCCGUCCUUCAGCCUCGACAUAGCUAGUCGGCUUGCAUCAUCCACGCCGCCAAUGGCUUCCGCUUCUGGGCCCGACGAGGCCUCCCCGCUUCUGCAAUCCAACAAGCCCGCAAAACCACAACGGAGCGUCACCUUCAACCCCAACGUCUCCACCAGCAGCCCGUCGAACUCUUCCUCGCUCCGCCCCUCGUCGCAGUUCCCAGUCGCGCCGCUCGAUCGGAAACAGAAUGGCGGUCAGCCCAUGCUGUCUGCGCUUAACAGCAAGCUGCGCCGACGAAACAGCCAGGGGGCUCCAUUGAUGAUUCCGAGCAUACCGCAACCAAAGAUUGGCCCUCAGCGCACCUCUAAAAAUGUGCAAAAGUUGAAACUGCUGCCCAAUCCCGAGCAAGCGGGAGAGGACCUGGAAGAUGAGGAGAGCGGGAGGGACGUCUACGCUCAAUUCACCAGAAUUAAGGACCCGACAGCCAGACGUGAUGCUGCAAGGCUAGGCAAAGAGGACCGGGAGAGGCUACCCAGAGUCACGGCAUACUGCACUGCGAGCUCCUACCGCUUGGAAGACAUGAUGAGGUAUUUGAAAGGCAAGACCAAGUCCAAAGGAGCUGCGCCGAAGCUAUUCGACGAAUGCAUAUAUACGCCCUACAACUAUGGUAAAAGCUUCGUGGACUCCCAGCAAGGCUUCGAGUCAGAGCCCCCAAGACUGGUGGAACGCAGACACUCGGAUAGUGCGGUCGAGGUGGAAGGCAACACUGAACAGAGACGAGGCGACCUGAUAGACCUGCAUACGCAAGGCGGCGACACAAGUCUAGACGCGGGCGAAGGUUCCGUUCAUAUGACGAAUGAUGACGCGAUUGACAUCUCUCGCGAUUCUCAGAGUUCCCGUCGAGACUCGAUAGACUUCGAUACCCAUGUUCAUACGCCUGAAGUUUUCCUGUUCAACUAUGGCACGGUUGUCAUUUGGGGCAUGACGCUGCAGCAAGAACUCCGCUUUCUGAAAGAGAUUGCGAAAUUCGAGAACGAGAAGCUGAGCAAGGAUGACGUCCAGACGGAAGACUUCAAUUUCUACUACACGCGCGAUUAUCAGGCGCGCAUCUACAAUGACUUUAUUAGUCUGCGCGACAAGAAGAAUUACAUGACAAAGCUGGCCAUCAGCCAUGCACUGUCUCAGAGCGUCAAGACGUCGCUAUACGAGGACCUGGUCGACAACACGAUUGAGACAACCAAGGAGAUUCCUUCACAGAUUGCGACAACGGGCAAGGUAGACCUCACGCGACGGGAGAUCAACAUGCAAAUCGGCGAACUGUUCAUUCUGCGCAUCAACAUUCACCUGCAGGGCUCGGUGCUCGAUUCGCCGGAGCUGAUGUGGGCGGAGCCGCAGCUGGAGCCCAUUUACCAGGCGGUGCGCUCGUAUCUGGAGAUGGACCAGCGCGUGGGGCUGCUCACGGAGCGGCUAGACGUGAUUGCGGACCUGCUGGCGGUGCUCAAGGACCAGCUGACGGUGACGCACUCGGAGCUGCUGGAGUGGGUGGUGAUUGUGCUGAUUGCGGCGGAGAUAUUGGUCGCGGCGGUCAACAUUGUGGUGGACCUUUAUGCAGGCGUGGACUGAUGGGGUGCUAUCUAUUAGAAAAUGCAUUCUUGACGGCGACUCAGCAAGGAGAGUGGAGCGGAGCC